GAACCCUUUUUUGCACCUUCCUAUCUGCACCAUGUCGAUUGGGACCUACCUGAUGGCCCCUCAACCCAUCCUUCCCAUCAUUCGUUGGCACUCUAUCUCGGCAUCGACGCCGAUCGCCCACUCUGCCUACGGCAUAUUCAUGGCAACCAUUUCGGUCCUCUGUUUGCGACAUGAUGGACGCGACACCGCAAAUGACCUACCCGCUACCCUCAAAACAUGCAGCGCUUCAUCUCUGGUUGAACUGUUUUCCCUAUACGACAGAAACGGUCACUGGCCACUCGACAUAUUUGACUCCGGGUCGAUGGCAGUUCGCAUCCACCACCCUGUAAACGCUUCGGCAACGCCAGAGCAGCAAUAUGCGCUUACUAUCAAGGCUGCACAAUUUCAAUAUGAGCACCUCAAUACCCAAUCCCAUUCCAUCUCCGACAGCAAAGGGACGGCCGCCAAGAAGCAGCUGAUUCAGCCCAAAGCGCUGCAACACACUGACCCCAAGCUUAAAACUCCUAUCUUUUUGGGCUCGACUACCGACCAGCUUCGAGCAACACUCGGUCUCAUCGACGUUGAUGAAUGCGAGGCGGACGGUGAGAGUGCAUUCUUUAUCGCGGAUCUGGCAGAAGUGUAUAGGCAGCAUCUUCGUUGGACGAAGGAGCUGCCCCGUAUUGUCCCCUUCUACGCUGUCAAGUGCAACCCCGAUCCAAACGUGCUUCGCCUGCUCGCCGCCCUUGGCACCGGCUUCGACUGCGCGUCCAACGGCGAGAUCCAGAAUGUCCUCGACAUUGGUGUCUCGCCUUCGCGGAUCAUCUAUGCCAAUCCCUGCAAGGCUUCAUCCUUCGUCAGGCAGGCCGCCAGGCAAGGCAUUGCCAUGACCACAUUCGAUAACCUGGACGAGCUCAACAAGAUGAAGAAGUUCCACCCUAAGUGCAAGCUCGUCGUGCGCAUCCUGACCGACGAUUCGAAGAGUGUCUGCCAGCUCGGCCUCAAGUUCGGAGCACCGCUCGACUCGGUCCCUCGCCUGCUGGCAAGGGCCAGAGAGCUCGAGCUGGACGUCGUCGGCGUUAGCUUCCACGUCGGCUCCGGCUGCUACGACCCCGAGAGCUUCCGAGACGCUGUCCGGCGUGCACGGAUAGCCUUCCAGAUGGGAAAGGUUGCAGGCUACACGUUUGGCCUGCUCGAUGUCGGUGGUGGCUACGAUCACAGCAACUUUGAGAUGAUUGCCAAAGUCCUCCGCACCUCCCUUGACGAGUUCUUCCCGCUCGAACAGUUCGGUGCAGGCGGCUCCGAGAUGAGGGAGGGACAGGAAGCUUUGCGUAUUAUCGCAGAGCCUGGACGUUACUACGUCCAAUGCGCCUUCGUCCUCGCUGCAAACAUCAUCGCUCGGCGUGACGGCCGCAGUGAUGUCGACGACUUGGACGAUGCCAUGGAGCAGAGCUCGACGCCGGAUACCGACUGCACGUCUUCCACCGCUGUCGACAGCAUCGAGCCGCAGCAGCAAGACAAGCCGCAAGUCAUGCUAUACCAGAACGACGGCAUGUACGGCGCGUUCAACUGCAUCAUGUUCGACCAUCAAAUCGUCCACCCGAAAGUACUGACGCUUCGACGCCAGUUUGCCUACCGGCCUGACCUGGAGGCACCGGGUGUCGCGCCUGUAGACGAGUCCACCUCCGAAAGCCCCGAUAAGUUGCUCGUCGAAAGCGACGACAACCAGCUCAUCCCCUGCAGCGUCUGGGGGCCGACGUGCGACUCGAUCGACUGCGUUCGGGACCUCGCGUACCUGCCCAAAGGUCUCAACGUCGGCGACUGGCUUGUCUACGAGAACAUGGGCGCCUAUACCAUCUGUGCAGCAUCUUCCUUCAACGGCUUGCGUCGGUCCGAAGUACGAUACACCGUCGGCGCCGAAGGCGAAGAUGCCGAUGCCGUCAAAAAUCUGCUCUCCCUCGUGGAGGCAUCAGAGAGUUCCUAACGCUCGAAGUAUUACAUUGUAUUAUAAUAGACAAGCAUCCUUGACUUCUGCUUUUGUCAGGUGUCGAG